GCAGCCACCCUUGAAAGAGUGCAUAAUAGCUCACUGAUCGAGCACUCUUGUACCGAAGAUGAACGGGGCUAAGCGGUCUGUCGAAGAUGUGGGAUGUAAAAAUACAUUUCUAUGAAAGAACUCCACCUUAGAGAGAAGCCUUCGCGCGAGAGGUGGUGGACAAAGCGGAAGUGAGAAUGUCGGCUUGAGUAACACAAACAUUGGUAAGAAUCCAAUGCCCCGAAAACCUAAGGGUUCCUCCGCAAGGUUCGUCCAUGAAGGGUGAGUCAGGGCCUAAGAUCAGGUCGAAAGGCGUACUGGAUUGACAAAAGGUGAAUAUUCCUGUACUACCCCUUGUUAGUCUCGAGGGAAUGGAGAGGCUAGGUUACCUGAAAGAUGGUUAUCGGUUCAAGAACGCGAGAUGUCCCUACUUUUUCAGGAUAUGAAGGGUUAGAGAAAAUUCCUCGAGCAAAUGUUUGAAUACAAUGUGCAACAGAGCUGAAAUAACCCAUGCCAUACUCCAAGGAAAAGUUCAAACUAUGAUAAGCAAGAGGGAUCCUAUACCCGAAACUAACACAGGUUGGUAGGUAGAGAAUACCUAGGGGCGCUAGACAACUCUCUCAAAGGAACUCAGCAAAAUAGCCCCGUAACUUCGGGAGAAGGGGUGCCUCCUCACAAAGGGAGUCGAAGUGACCAGGCCCGGGCGACUGUUUACAAAAAAACACAAGUCACUGCAAAGUCGUAAUACCAUGUACGGGGGCUAACGCCUACCCAGUGCCAAAAGGUCAAGGAAGUUGGUAAGCUGAUGACAGGGGUGCGAACGACUGAAGCCCCGGUGAACGGCAGCCAUAAUAUAAUUGUCCUAAGGUAGCAAAAUUCCUUGUCAGGUAAGUUCUGACCUGCACGAAAGGCGUAACAAUCUGGGCAGUGUCUCAGAGAGAGGCUCGGUGAAAUAGACAUUUCUAUGUAGAUGCGGAGUACCUGCACCUGGACAUAAAGACCCUAUGAAGCAUCACUAUUCCUUGGGAUUGACUUUGAGCCUUUCCUGCAUCGGUUAUGUGGAAGGCGAAGAAGGCCUCCUUCCGGGGGGUCCGAGCAAUUAGUGAGAUACAAUUCUUGAAGGUUUAGAAUUCUAACCUUAUGUCAGGAGCUACGAGUCAAGGGACAGUCUCAGGUAGACGGUUUCAAUGGGGAGUUGGCCUUCAAAAAGGUAACGGAGGCGUGCAAAGGUUUCCUCGGGUCAUACAUUGAUUGGCCCUCGAGUGAAAAGACAGAAGGGAGCUUCACAGCAGUACUUACUUGUCGAUAAUGGAUGAUAGUCGGCCUUCGUGAUCCGACGGUGCCGAGUGGAAGGGUCGUUGCUCAAUAGAUAAAAUUUACUCUAGAUAUAACAGUCUGAUCUUCACAAGAUCUCACUUCGAUGGGAAGGUUUAGCACCUCGAUAAUAGAUCUUCGCCACCUAGGGCUAUACUAUGUUCCAAGGGUUGGGCUAUUCGCCCAUUAAAGCGGUACGUGAGCUAGGUUCAGAACGUCGUGAGACAGUUCGGUCCAUAUCCAUUGUUGGCGUUAUAGCAUUGAGAGGACCUUUCCCUAGUACGAGAGGACCGGGAAGUAUGCACCUUUUAUGUACCACUAAUCGUAACCACGGUAAAUAAUGGGUAGCAAAGUGCGGAAAGGAUAACUGUUUAAAGCAUCUAAGUAGGCCCACCCCAAGAUGAUUGCUUUCCAAACUUGACUUCCGCAGAGCUUUCGGUAGCACAGACGAGACAACGACGGGUUCUCUGCCCUUGCGGGGAUGGAGCGACAAAUGUUUUUUUGAGAAUUCUAGAGAAGGUCAAGGCAAGACGAGCCGUUUAUCAUUACAAUAGGUGUCAAGUGGAAGUGCAGUGAUGUAUACAACUGAGGCAUCUUAACAGACCAGUAGACUUGAACCUUGUUCCUACAUGACGUGAUCAAUUCGAUCAGGCACUCACCAUCUAUUUUCAUUGUUUAAAUAUUCACAACCCUAAAAAACCAUUAUUUAUCUCUUUGAAAACAUGAAAAAUCAAAAAGAUUUGCCCUCCCUCUCGAUAUAUCCAAGGGAUGGAAAGGGAGAGACCUUUGGUGUCAUGUCCAUUUAUGAAUUGGGGCCUCUCAAUCACUAGACAAUAUGCUUUUCUCUCAUGCUUUUAUUCAUUUAUGGUUCUAUAUUUUGAUGUCCUAGGUGUAGACGAACUACACCAAUACAUCCCAAACUUGGUGGUUAAACUCUACUACGGUGACGAUACUUUGGGGAAGGUAGUGCGGAAAUAUAGCUCGAUGUCAGGAUGAUAAAAAUCUUAACACCUCUCAUUCUUAUUACUUUUUUAAAUAUGAAAAUGAAAAAAAUGAAAAAGAAAAAGGUCGUUUUAUUCAAAACCCCAAUUAUGACAUCCCUUCUCUCCCACUUCACACCUUUGAACACACCCUUCUUAUAGACUUAUAGAGAUAAACGUGCUUUCACGUCUUCUUAACCCGAAAUGGAUGGGGAGAGAAAAGGUUCCUUUUUUUAGGGUACUCCCGGGAACAGAUCCAGUGGAGAAGGGGUGGGGCGUGUAGGUUAGAGGAUUAGAGCAUGUGGAUAUGAACCAUGGUGUCGGGGGUUCGAAUCCCUCCUCGCCCAUAACUUGUCCAAGAGGGAAUUACCUUUCCCUCUGGGGGUUAGAAAAUCAUGAUCGGAAUAGCAAACCAAAAGCUAUGGAACUUGGGUGUGGAUCUUUUAUCGAAAUGGAAUGUCUUUUUAUCUUUUUAUUUAUCAUUAAUGGGGGAAUCAUUACACAUAGUAUGCCCGAUCAGCAUAUUUUUUUGUUUUAUGCCCCGUAACUCUUCCUUGGCCAGUCUUGGGCAGAAUAGUAGAGCAUGCAUUAGGACCAUAAGAAAAAAUCCUUCCUCGUCAUUAAUAUCUUUGCUCGCUGCAAUUGUGACCUCUCGGGAGAAUCGAUGACUUCAUCAAAGAUGCAGUGCUUGUACGUCUGAGACUUCUUAAUUGUCUAGUUGUAAAUAUCCCCAGGGAUAUGGAACGAAGGACUAUCUCGUGCUUAGACCGAGGUACUGAUGGUGAUUUUCUAAUCUCGCAGGACAAAAUACGAUACGAUGAGAUAGAAUGCAAUAGAAAAAAAGACAGGGAACGAGUUACCUACUCUUAACGGCCAAAGCGAGCUCCUUUAUUCUCAUUCUGAAUUACAGAAUUCAUAAUCAAUCAAAUCACCCCAAGUAGGAUUCAAACAUAUGACAAAUAUCUUCAUAGACGACCGCUCUACCACUGAGGUACUGAGGAACAACAUGAGAUUCGAUCUCAAAGAGUUCAAUUCCUGUUCCCAACCCAUGACCAAUAUGAGCUUGAAACUUCCUUUGUAACUCCAAAACUUCUUUGUAGUGAUUCCCUUACAUUCCUCAUUUCACAGGGAACCUCAAAGUGGUUCUAUUUCAUUAUAUUCCAUGCAUAUCAAAAUUCGAUUAAUUUAAUAUCCUUUUGUUGUCAUUGACAUAACAGAUGUUUUUUCUAGUCUAUCUAUGUCUAUUUUUUUCUAUGUAUGGAAAGUUCAAAAAUCAUCAUAUAAUAAUCCAGAAAUUGCAAUAGAAAAGAAAUAAGGGAGGUUUAUGAUGAUUUUUUAAUCUUUUAUACUAUGUAAUCUAGUAUCCUUAUGCAUGAAGAUAAUAAAUUCCGUCGUUGUGUUCGGACUCUAUUGUGGAUUUAUGACCACAUUCUCCAUAUGGGCCUCCUAUCUCUUCCUUCUCCGAGCUCUGGUUAUGUAAGAAGGAACUGAGAAGAAGGUAUCAGCAACAACUGGUUUUAUUAUGGGACAACUUAUGAUGUUCAUAUCGAUCUAUUGUGCGCCUCUCCAUCUAGAAUUAGGUAGACCUCAUACAAUAACUGUCUUAGCUCUACCAUAUCUUUUGUUUCAUUUCUUCUAGAACAAUUCCAAACACUUUUUUGAUUAUGGAUCUACUACCAGAAAUUCAAUGUGUAAUCUCAACAUUCAAUGUGUAUUUCUGAAUAAUCUUAUUUUUCAAUUAUUUAACCAUUUCAUUUUACCAAUUUCAAUGUUAGCCAGAUUAGUCAACAUUUAUCUCUUUCGAUUCCCCAACAAGAUCUUAUUUGUAACAAGUGGUUUUGUUGGUGGUUAAUUGGUCACAUUUUAUUUAUGAAAUGGCUUGGAUUGGUAUUAGUUUGGAUACGACAAUAUCAUUCUAUUAGAUCGAAUAAGUACAUUCGAUAAAAUAAUUACCUUGUAUUAGAAUUUAGAAAUUAUAUUGCCCGGAUCUUUAGUAUUCUCUUAUUUAUUACAUGUGUCUACUAUUGAAGCAUA